UCCUCCAUUGUCUCUUAUCCUCCAUUGUCUCAUUCAUCUUCACAAGGUAUGGUCGAGCGUUGGAGACCAGAGACCCACACAUUUCAUAUGCCUUGUGGGGAAUGCACGAUCACCCUACAGGAUGUUGCAGUUCAGAUAGGGUUACCUGUGGAUGGUGAGCAUGUGGUAGGGUCGUUAUUAUAUGACUGGAAGGUACUCUGUGAGGAUUACUUGGGAGUUCAUCCACCUGAAAUGAAAGGUCAACGAUUGAGCCUUCCUUGGUUGGCAGAACAGUUCACAGAAUUGCCACCAGAUGCUGAUGUAGUGAGCGUUCAAAGAUACGCUCGUGCAUACAUUAUGCAGUUAAUUGGAGGCUUUCUAUUUGCAGACAAAUCAAACACCCUGGUCCACUGUAUGUUCCUCCCGCUUUUAAUUAAUUUUGACCAGGCUGGUACGUAUGCUUGGGGCGCUGCAUGCCUCGCAUGGUUGUAUAGGGAAUUGUGUCGAGCGAGUAAUGCACGAUCUUUAGAGAUUGUUGGCCCAUUAAUAUUGUUGCAAGUAUGGGCGUAUGACAGAUUUCCUAUUCUGGCACCACAAGUACCAGUUGAGGUGUCAGUUGGUCGACCUUUGAGUUUCAGAUGGAGCGGCGUUAUACCAUUGUCAGAACUGUCCGCAAAUAUGUUGAUCACCUACCGAAUGUUUUUUGAUCGGCUGAUCAACUCUCAGUUAGUAAAAUAUUAUACCAAUAUUGCGUAGGCAUGUUUUUUCUUGUUUCCUUAUGUUCGUUUUUUUUAACAGAUUAAUUGGACACCAUACACGUCCCACAUUAUGACAUUGCUUCCACAUCAAUGUCAUAACGGUCAAGCGAUGUGGACAUAUGUGGGUCCUAUGAUUUGCUUUCAUCUCGUUGAGAAGCAUCAAGCAGAUCGUAUAUUGCGACAGUUCCAUAUGCUACAAAUGCCACCAGAGUUUUGCUCCACAGAUGAGGGCCUACACCAAAUUGAUUUAAGAGGCAAGCACGAUCAAGAUUGGAGUAGGAUUCAUGUAGAGCAUAUAGCAAUGUGGCAUUCACGAAAUAAUUUUUGUGCCGAAGCAGAAGCAACACAGAAGCCGACAGUAUCAGAUAACUACUUUUCCUGGUACACGUCGAUUACCUGAUGCUUCAUGACACCUGAUGGCGCUUACUGUUAUCGCAUGGUAAUAGUUUUAAUAUGAUUUAUAAAUUUAAUACAAGCAUGAACAUUUUUUAAUUAUAUUAUUUACAAUCGUUCAGAAUAAUUUUGUUGAAGACGUACGUCGAGUCUCCAUGGAAAACAAUUUUGAAAUUUUUAGACCAAUGUGUGACAAAGUCAUGGGAGAUAUAGACAGUCUUGUUCAGUGAACUCGACGUUUAAAUGUUGCCGACACAGAUCGUAGACGCAUUCGACGGCGACGACGACGACAAGGCAAUGAUGUCGUAGAGGGAGAUGGGGAAGCUUCUUAAGUUGUAUAAUUUAAGUGUUUUUAAAUUUUGCUAGAACUUAUUCAAGUUGUAUAAAGAAAAAAUUGAAUUUUUUUAA